AUCCCAUCCUCACACCGUUCAGCCAAAUCACCGCAGUGCUGAAAGAGUGAUAGAGCGAGAAAGAGAGGGAGAGAACACGCGUGUGGGGUGUGUGUUCGUGUGUGAAAGAGCGAGUGAGGUAGAGAGAGAGGAAAACUGCUAAAUCUGUCAAGGUUUCCCAGGCGAUCGGUUAUUCCUCUCGACGCCUGUGCAACGCUGACUCGGGUCGGGUCGCGUGCAGGAGGAUGAGUUCAUUUAGCACAAGGGCACUGACGCUCCUGUCGUCUGUGUUUGGGGCUUGUGGGUUACUCCUGGUGGGUGUGGCUGUGUCGACGGACUACUGGCUGCUAAUGGAAGAAGGUAUUGUUCUGCAGCAGAACCAGACCACAGAGGUGAAGAUGGCUCUGCAUUCUGGACUCUGGAGGGUCUGUUUUGUAGCUGGGCCAGAGAAGGGGAGAUGUGUGGCAUCUGAAUACUUCACCGAGCCAGAAAUAGAAAUCACUACUGAGAACACAGCCAAUAUACUUAAAAUGGUCAGGACGGCCACCCCCUUCCCAAUGGUCUCACUCCUCUUUGUCUUCACGGCCUUUGUCAUAAGCAGCAUCGGCCACAUCCGUCCCCAGCGCACCAUCCUGGCCUUCAUCUCUGGAAUCUUCUUCAUCUUAUCAGGUUUGAGUUUAGUGGUCGGUCUGGUGCUGUAUAUCUCCAGUAUAAAUGAUGAAGUGAUGAACAGGCCUCGGGAGGCAGAGCAGUUCUUUCACUACCAUUACGGCUGGUCAUUUGCCUUUGCUGCCAGCUCCUUUCUGCUCAAAGAGGGUGCUGGUGUCAUGUCUGUCUAUCUCUUCAUGAAACGUUAUGCCGAGGAAGAGAUGUAUCGGCCCCACCCUGCGCUGUAUCGCCCUCGCCUGUCUGAAUGCAGUGACUACAGCGGCCAGUACCUGCACCCUGACUCAUGGCCUCCUCCUCAGCGUGGACGCAGUGGCUCCGAGGUGUCCAGUGACAUCUCCAUUCAGCUUAACCAGACCACGCUGCCUCAUCCGCCCAAAAGCAGCGGGCCCUCCAAUCCACCCUCUUCCUCGGGUCCCUCCUCCAGGGCCAGCUACCACCUGCCACCUGCUUCCUCCUCCUCAUCCACUUCCUAUCCUCACACUGUCCACUCAUCCCAUUCCGGUGGCCGUGCCCCUCAGUCCCUCCCAAUGGCCACACCCCCAUCUGCUGUCCCGCCCCCUCUCUACCACACGCAUAUGCGUAUGAGCGCCUCCCCGUGUUAGAGUUUCUCAGUUAAGAUACUUAAACAACAGAAAUAUGGGGAUAACAUGAGAUAAGAGGAUCAAACUCCAGAGACUAUGGGAUCAAAAGGGUGCUAAGUUGAAAAGAAGUAGACAAGGAAGCACUUCACUUAAAAUUCUGUGCCUGAAUGAAGUUUAACAGAUUCUCAGAGCGAGAUUAAUAAGUGAGGGAAUAGCAUUUAUACAUAUAGAAAGAAUGUACGGUGGAGAAAGAAAACAGGAAAAGGUACAAAAUACUGACUUUCUGGAAAUAGUUGUACACAUUUAAAUUUGUAUGUAAAAUGUUUAAAUCUUGUUGCACACCCUAACAGGUUUCAUCCCUUCAUACCUCAUAUAUCAUGAGCUCCAUGAGGUUAUUUAUACCACUUCUUGUUUAUACUAAAGCAAAAAGACAUGAAUGUGCCCCAAAGGUGGCAGAUUUCUUUAAAUGGUGUCGCAGAUUUAUUUCAACAAGCAAUUUCUGUAUAUAAUGUAUCAAGAGCAGUAGUCAUCUAGCGUAGUCCAACAUAUUUACUUGUUUUAUCAUGUGGGCAAAGAAAAGAUUUGUCCUUUACUAUCAAUUUGUAAUGUUUUUAGAUUGGUACAUCAAGGAAGAUGUGCUACAAAGCUGGCUGAUGUUUCUUUACUGGGAUGUUGAGGGCUUGGCCCCAUGGCCCUCGAUAUGCCUUGUGUUCUCAUAUAAAAACAAAAACAAAAAAGUUUUAAAAACGUUUAGCGGUGGUAUAGCACGUUUGGAACAUUUUAAACAUAUUUACCUUGACCAGGAAUGAAGGCUGACUAUAUGAAUUCACUGUUCAAUCAUCAUCUUAAAAAUCCAGUCGUUUCUUCUCGUUUAUUAUUGCUAUUAUUACUACAAUGAUUAAUUGAAUUGUUUAUACAAAAUUAACAGUUAACAUACAUAUAUGUAUUUUAA